UGGUGUAGCGAGGGCGGGAGGGAGGGCUUGUCACCAGUGUGGCGCCUGAGGCACCAGCAGCCAGGACGUCACUCGCCAGCUCUACAACACACAAGUCCCCCCUCAAGCACAGCAGCUAUGAGUGCGUCGGCUCCUCCAUCCUCGCCAGCGAGGGCGCCCCGCCUAGUGCUGGUGUUGGUGGCGUGGGCGUGCGUGUGGGGCGGCGUGGUGGGCGUGGGGUGGGAGGCGUGUGAAGGUCCCGUGUGUUUGGAGGUGAGACGACAAGCUGAGGGCCUCGCAAGACUCAAGUUCCUCAGGAAUUACAUUAAUCAGACGGUGAACAUGAUGAACACGCUGGUGAGCACUCUGGAGGAGGAGCUGGUCAAGACCGGCGAGGGGCUGGCGCAGUUCAUUGGCCCGCGGUGCCCGGCCGCUCACCCACUCCUGCUCGAGGUCACUAAGCCCGCGGACACCAGCAAUCCCGCCCUCGCUGACCAGGACAACGUCAUCACUGACAGCGACGAGGACUACGACCCACACAGCAGUCCCCCUCCAUCAGAGAGAGAGAGGCUGGAUGCUGCUGGGUCCGAGUCGCAGUACUGGCAAGCCGCCGGUUCCUCCUCUCACACCAACUUGCAAGGGUCAGGAGGCGGGUCUGGGAAAACUCUCACUGGACAAAAAGUCACAAGCAGCGGUAUUAAAACUGACAAAAGCAGCAGCAGCAGCACUAGCACCAGCACCACCAGCAGCAGCAGAGUAACCAGCAGCAGCAGCAGCAGCGUCGACAGUGGCCCGGCGACUACAAACAAAUUUAAUACCAUCGGUGGCCAGGAGCCCAGCAGGCCAUCUCACAAGACGACCGCCGCCAGUCAUAUCAGUGUGUCCGUGGCGCCCAGCAGUCAAGAAGAAGACAGCAGUGAGGACACCCAGGACAUCUUGGGCCUCGGUGGGGUUGGCCAUGAGAACUUGGGCCACAGUGGAUCUGACCGGGGCAACUUGGGCCACGGUGGAUCUGACCGGGGCAACUUGGGCCACGGUGGAUCUGACCGGGGCAACUUGGGCCCCAGUGGGGCUGGACGGGGUAACUUGGGCCCCAGUGGGGCUGGACGGGGUAACUUGGGCCACGGUGGAGCUGGACGGGGACUCUUAGGGCCUGGUGGGGCUGGCCAGGACAUCUUGGGCCUGGGUCGGGCUGACCAGGGCAAUUUGGGCCCCGGUGGGGCUGGCCGAGGCAACCUGGGUCCCAGCAGGGGCAACUUAGGUCAAGGUGGGUCAGGCCGGGGCAACUUGAGACCCGGUGAUAGUAGUGGAGCUAAUCAGGGCAAUUGGUUUUAUGACUGGAGUAAUGAGAGUCACGGAGGUGCCAACAGGGGUCACGGUGGAGCCAACAGAGGUCACGGUGGUGCCAACAGGGGUCACGGUGAUGGCAGAGGACGGGAUAUUAGUAGUGGAGGGUCAAGGUCUUGCCGCAGUGUGGCCCGGGGCAGUCCCCACUGGGUGCCGGGGCUGGACCAGUGGUGUGUCACUAGCUGCGCUGCCGGCUACUGUCCACCCUCUCAUUGUGUUUGCUAGUACCCCUGUAACGGACACUGCCCCAGGGAACUGUUCCACUAACUACCCCAGGGAACUGUUCCACUAACUGCCCCAGGGAACUGUUCCACUAACUGCCCCAGGGAACUGUUCCACUAACUGCCCCAGGGAACUGUUCCACUAACUGCCCCAGGGAACUGUUCCACUAACUGCCCCAGGGAACUGUUCCACUAACUGCCCCAGGGAAUUGUUCCACUAACUGCCCCAGGGAACUGUUCCACUAACUGCCCCAGGGAACUGUUCCACUAACUGCGCCAGGGAACUGUUCCACUAACUUCCCCAGGGAACUGUUCCACUAACUUCCCCAAUGUAACUUUUCUACUAACUGUUCCACUAACUGUCCCAGUGAACUGUUCCAGUAACUUCCCCAGGGAACUGUUCCACUAACUGUUCCACUAACUGUCCCAGGGAACUGAUCCACUAACUGUUCCACUAACUGUCCCAGGGAACUGUUCCACUAACUGCCCCAGGGAACUGUUCCACUAACUGCCCCAGGGAACAGUUCCACUAACUGUCCCAGGGAACUGUUCCACUAACUGCCUCAGGGAACUGUUCCACUAACUGCCCCAGGGAACUGUUCCACUAACUGCCCCAGGGAACUGUUCCACUAACUGCCCCAGGGAACUGUUCCACUAACUGUCCCAGGGAACUGUUCCACUAACUGCCCCAGGGAACUGUUCCACUAACUAACUGCCCCAGGGAACUGUUCCACUAACUGCCCCAGGGAACUGUUCCACUAACUGCCCCAGGGAACUGUUCCACUAACUAACUGCCCCAGGGUACUGUUCCACUAACUGCCCCAGGGAACUGUUCCACUAACUAACUGCCCCAGUGAACUGUUCCACUAACUGCCCCAGGGAACUGUUCCACUAACUGCCCCAGGGAACUGUUCCACUAACUAACUGCCCCAGGGAACUAUUCCACUAACUGCCCCAGGGAACUGUUCUACUAACUGCCCCAGGGAACUGUUCUACUAACUGCCCCAGGGAACUGUUCCACUAACUGCCCCAGGGAACUGUACCACUAACUGCCCCAAGGAGCUACUACUGGUUCGUGGUCUUAAAAAGUUACCAGGCCACAAUUAUCUAUUGCAAACUGCAUCUAUAAGAGUCUUAAGACAGGUUCCAGGAUAUUUUAUAUCUUGAAUAUCUGAGCUAUACAUAUAUAUUACGCUUGUUAUUUUAUAUCUGUCAUAUAGGCGUAUACUGACUUGCCGUCUUCUAAUAGUUACAGUACUUGCUUAGCUACUAAAUUUAAAAUAUUUUAUUAACUUCUAUUAUUAGUUCUUACUCAAGCUUCGGCUUGAGGAAAAGCACAGUGCCUUGAGUCAGACUGAUGCCCCUCGAGCUCUCCCUCUCCCAAGGUGUAUACCAGUAUGUAUACCCAGAUGGUUCACUCUCCCAGGGUGUAUACCAGUAUACCCUGGUGGUCCCCUCCACCACUCCACCGGGGCCUCCACUCGUCAGCACUCUCAUACUCGUAGCCCCUCAAUCUAUUAUUAUAUGUAUCCAAAUAUAAUAUAAUAUAUUGUAUUGUAAUAUGCAUUGUACACAUUGAUUAUAGAUGAUUGUCAUCUUUGAUUGGACUCGACUCCUCCAGACACACAAUUGUGACGUGCUUGAGUCUCUGGCAAUGCUCAGAUAUAAUAUUUAAAAUGAGCCAGUC